AUGGCUACUCUUUUCCCAUACUUGCUUGAUGGCUUGCUCGCAUUAUCUGCAUUACACCUGGCCUCAAUUGAGACCGUUAACCGUCCAUCAUGGAUCAAUGCUGCUUUGCGCUACCAGAGCCAAGCGUGUUCUGGGCUCGGGAAGGUUCUCUCCAACAUCUCACCGCAGCAUCUAGAACCGGCCUUCAUGUCAUCCGUAUUCAUCAUGUUGUUUGCGACCGGUCUUCCAAGUAUAUCCCCUGAAAACCGCCCGGCGGAUCCCCUUUCUGCGGUUCUCGAGGUCCGCACGUUGAUCACUGGCUGUGCCAUGUUAUUCAAUCAGAUCAACUCGUUUGACAGCGAGGGCGAAUUGAAGGGCUGGAAAUGCUUUAGUGACCGACACGAAGAUCUCACAAAGAGAAACCUCAAUAGCGAUGGCUUAUUAGACGCAAGAAUGGUAGAACUGUUGGAGUUACACCAAAAAAUUAUGGAAUCGCUCGGCCGGUUGCACACCACCAUCGACAAAAGCCAGUGCCCAGGAAAAAUCACAUAUCAAACAACUUGGCAGCUUCUUUACCGGGCUGUCGAGCCGUGGCCUAAGACUGGCCCGUAUGGAGGCCUUAUUGCAUGGCCGCUAUUCAUCACCGAAGAAUACCUAACGCUUCUCCAAAAGGGCGACUGGCUAGCCCGAAUUUUCUUCCUAUAUUAUGGGGUAUGCAUGCGCCUUCUGUCCCACCGGUGGUAUGUCCGGGACUGGGGCUGCCAGCUUGUUGUUGCGACGCUGGAACCACUAGAAGAGAUCCCGCCUGAGUGGGCCGAGAGUGUUGCGUGGAUUAGACAAGCGGUCGAUACUGAUAGCUAG